AUGGCUGAUACUGAACAACAAACUGGUAAUAAUGAAGAGACGCAGAUAGGUGGAUUUGGAUUGAAAAAAAUAUUUCUUUUUAUAGGGUUAGUGGUUUUAGUAGCUCUUGUUACAGUUGUAUCUCUUAUGUUUUUUUUCAGCGAUGAAGGUAAUGGCACUAAGCCUGAGGCACUUGCGAAAGGAGAUGAUGAAGGAGAUUCACAAGCAAGUUUGAAGAGUAAAAAAUCCUCUGGUAGUAAAAGUAGCUCUGCGACAGAUGAAGAAAGCAAAGGAAAGAAGAGUUCUAAAUUUGCAGAAAUAAUCGACCACAGCUUAGUUAAUUAA